CUCACAAGACGCUGAUCGACUAUUGUGGCUGUCUCCUAACACGUGAAGGUUUAACUGUUAUUUCACUGUUCUUGGACCCAUUUCAAAACUGUAUCUAACCUUGUUGGCCGCAAAACCAGGUAGAUGACUGAUGUGAAUCUGUGACUUGGAGAUGUCUUGAAUUAGACAUAAAUACGAACAAUGCAUUGUCAGCGCAGGACUUUGACCAACUUAAUCUUUGGUGUUCUCUUCGUAAAUGUUAUCAAACUUUCAUUCCCUCUACAAGUUUCUUCAGUGGUCUGUAACUGCAGCAGCAUUACUUCAUGUUAUGGACAUUGUGUCGCAUCCCAAGAAAAAGGUGAAUUAGAUUGCUUUGGUAAACGUAUAAACCCAAGCAUCAAAUGGAAAUGUGUUUGGACAAAUGGAAAACUCACUGUCAACAAAAUGUACAGAUACACACUGGUUAUAGAACAAAAAAAAUACUGCCAAAUAUAUCCAAACAUAUCAGGAACAUCGAUGGACCUUCGAAUCGUAAACGAACGUUACAACAUCACAGCUCGUUUGUUUGACGAGAGUUAUCCGCACAGCUGCAAAGAGACUGUUUUCAGAGGUUUUCCUCCAGAAUUGGUUCGAUGUGGCCCCCCAUUAAGUGUAAAGUUUAAUCGCCAUUCAAGACAGCUGGACGUCUUGCCAUCCUGGGGAAUGGAGAAGAGGUAUAUCCAGUCUUACACAGUGAGAUACAAGGAACUGAAGGGACCGUCGUGGGCAGAGCCAACAGUGUAUUCACAGGAUAUAAAUAAAUUAACUGUGAGAAAUCUUAGCUCCUCGAUGACAUAUGAGGUGCAGCUUCGGGUUCUGGAGAACCAAAGAUGCACCCAGGUGCCCUGGAGCAAGAGUUUCCUUGUCCAACCAGAACUUACAGAUGUGCCUGUCAUUAACAUGGUUAAAGAUAUUCCAAAAAGGAAAGGGAAGAGAUUGGUGACCAUCAAAUGGAAGUUUGCAGCCAGUGAGUUAUCUGAAGGCUACAGGGUGACUGUGAAGAAGUCAGGAGGGGAGACCACUGAGACCUUUAACACAAGCCACCCCUUACUCACGCUGAUCCUGUCUCACUCAGCCUACCAAUUUGAGAUAAUUGCUAUCAGCAAGGUUGGAACUUCGCCUGCUGCACAAAGGACUAUACCUCCAUUUUACGACAAAGGCUUAUACGGGAAGCUGAAGGUGACAUUUAAUGGCAAUACGUCCUUUAAUGUCUCAUGGGUCGAUGACCUAAUCAAAACCUACUCCUGCUUCGCAGUGGAGUGGUGGGGGAAUAAAGAGAAAGCUGCUCACAAAUCAUUUUAUGAGGAUGAGAAGAAAUAUAAAGUCAUACUAUUGGAUGUGCCAUUGCAGCAGUAUACAAGGUAUACCUUCACCCUGCACACAAGGCCAUACAAAGAUGUCUGCAACCUGAAAUCCAUCAACAAAAGUGAGAGCACCUAUGGGAGCAUUCAAGCCUACUUCAAAGAAGGAAUUCCCAUCAGUGCUCCAGGGAACAUCAGCAGCAAUGUUACCCAGAGUUCCAUGGUGCUAGAGUGGAUAGCUGUCCCUGAGGAGGACACCAGAGGUUUUCUUCUUGGCUACAUUCUCUACUACAGAGAGAAUCCACAGGACGGGACAGAAACUGAGACAAACAUUACUAUAGAUGCUGGUUCAACGAGCUACGAGUUGGUUGACCUGAAGAGCAGCACUGUGUACAAGGUCCAGUUGUCUGCCUUCACUGGUGCAGGAAUGGGAGUGAGAAGCUCAGCUGCAUACUUUGAAACCAAGCCAAAAGCAUACUUUACUGCAAAUGGUGUGAUAGCAGGGGUUGUUGCUGGAGUACCUAUACUCUUACUUUUGGUUCAUCUUUCUUCUAUGUUGUUUAAAAGGGCAAAGAAACUACUUUGGCCAAGUAUCCCUAAUCCUGAUAACAGCAAUGCCAUCCAGAAAUUAGAUGGGGUCUGUGAACUGAAACUCCUGGACCCCAAUAACAGCCAGACGUUAGAAGAAGAGGAGGGAGGCUCUAAAAGUCUGUGCAUCAUUGAUAGAAAUGAAGAAAUAUCUUCCAUUAGCAACAUCUACAGCAACAGUGACAUAUGUCUACAGUUGAACACAGACCAAAUGGGAGCCCAAGGGCCUUCUACAUCCACCACAGACUCCCCCAAGCCAAGUUCAGUAGAUCUUCAAACUGACACCGCCACUGCCUGUAAAGCAGCAGGUCCCACUUCCGACAUGGAUGCACGUACUAGCACAGACAUGACACAGACCGCCAUGGCUCCAAACAGCACGGUGGCCCACAAGUGCCCCCCCUUGGCCUUUCUGAGCGAUUACACCACCAUGGAACUCUUCCAACAGACCAUGCCUCAGGGCAUUUCUGCCACAUGUUCAUCAUUGACUCAGGGUCCAUCGAGCCAGUCAACAGACACAGACUCAACUCUGACUCCACUAGAGUUGCAUUAUAUCUGCCCGUCCCUCAGUCAAACUGCCAUCCAACCAUCCCACGGCAGCGCCAGUGAAACUCAGAACACAGAGGAAUGUUACACAGUCCUUUGAUUUUUACUAGUCAUUCAAAGUAGUUGAUGUAAAACUAUUAUAAACUGUAGGUAAAGAACCAUCUCACUACAUCCUGUUAUAAACUGUAUGUAAAGAAACAUCUCACUGCAUCCUAUUAUAAACUGUAUAUAAAGAACCGUCUCACUGCAUCCUAUUAUAAACUGUAUGUAAAGAACCAUCUCACUGCAUCCUAUUAUAAACUGUAUGUAAAGAACAGUCUCACUGCAUCCUAUUAUAAACUGUAUGUAAAGAACCGUCUCACUGCAUCCUAUUAUAAACUGUAUGUAAAGAACCAUCUCACUGCAUCCUAUUAUAAACUGUAUAUAAAGAACCAUCUCACUGCAUCCUAUUAUAAACUGUAUGUAAAGAACCAUCUCACUGCGUC